CAUUUCUGUUUUGUGCUUAUGCAUUCCAUUUAUUAGAAGGUGCUUGUCCAGUGAAACAAAAUUACCAUCCUGUCACAUGCAGAAAAUUGCUUCUGUUUGAUAGUAUUGCACACCCCAGGAACCUACUAUCCCGAAAAAUUUUAAGUAACAUCUCUGUAGUUUACUGAGGGGUAGCAAUGUUAACUGCUGCUAAAACAAACAGAACGAUCAUGGCACCUAACAGGCUAACUCGUUUUAAUUCCAGCAUAAGCUUUUAUAGUCCAGGCAUCUGAGGAAGUAGGCUCUAGCGGCUGGAAUAAAAACGUUAGUCUCUUAGGUGCCACGACAGUCAUGUUUGUUUUAAACAAGCUUUAAAGUCGAUCCGUGCUGAACUACGUUUCCCAGAAGGCUUGGCCACACGACCCGAAUCUUUCACGAUCCUCUGGACUUUAAUCGGGAAGCUCAAGUUGCAAGGCAAAAAGGGAAAAAACCGCUGCUGCAUUUUGAAAAGAGGGCCAGAGUCUUUCUGCAAAACAGCUGAGAUGGCCGCGAAGAUUGCGGUCCUGCCUUCUCCCACCUGCCUUUAUGACGACCCCGUCCAAGUGAAAGUGGAGGGUCUCUCGGCCCUGCAGGCUGUCACCCUCCGGGCAUCCUUGGAGGAUGAAACCGGAGAGCUCUUCCAGUCUUUCGCUUACUACAGAGCCGAGAGCAACGGAGAGCUGGACCUCACCCGCUCUGCUUCCCUGGGCGGGAGCUACUCUGGCGUGGAGCCAAUGGGACUGCUGUGGGCUCUGGAAGCCCAGACCCCCAUGAAGCGGCUGGCCAAGAGGAACGUGCUCACCCCUUUCCGCGUCGCCUACGAGGUGUACGAGGGCCACGGACUCCGCGGCCGGCUGCUGGGCCGGUGCGUCAGCGAGAGGCGGUUCCUGGCCGAAGGGGUGGCCAGGAUCCCCGUGCGAGAAGGCCGCCUCAAAGCGACGCUCUUUCUGCCCCCGGGCCCUGGACCAUUCCCAGGACUGAUUGACUUAUAUGGAUCUGGAGGGGGUCUUGUGGAAUAUAGAGCAAGCCUUCUGGCAAGUAGAGGUUUUGCUACACUGGCUCUGGCAUACUUAGCCUUUGAGGAUUUUCCAGCUUUUCCAGAGUUAAUUGAACUGGAAUAUUUUGGUGAGGCAGUAGCGUUCUUGCAGAAACAACAGCAGGUUAAAGCUUUGGCGAUUGGAGUCCUGGGGCUCUCUAAAGGGGCUGAUAUGGCCCUGGCCCUUGCUGCAUUUUGGCCAGGCAUCAGAGCAGCUGUCAGCAUUUCUGGUUCUGGUUUCAAUUGUUUUAUCCCCCUGCGAGUGAAGGGGCGUAUGAUCCCUGCUCUUUCCUAUGACCUACAGAAGUUGAAGACUGUUGGUGAUGUGGUGGAUUCCUCUGAAAUCCUGGAUGAUCCUAGAGACCCAGCCACUUGGGAGUGCCGCAUCCCAGUGGAGAAAUCCUCAUCCAAGUUUCUCUUCCUGAGUGGGCAGGAUGACAGGAAUUGGCAAAGUGAGCGCUACUGCCAGGAAGCUGUUCAGCGCCUUCAGCAAAAUGGACGUCAUGUGGAGUUCUAUUGCUAUCCUGGGGCGGGGCACCUCUUGGAACCGCCCUAUCUGCCUUUGUGCUAUGCAUCUAUUCACAAGGCAUUUGGGCUUGUUAUGCUCUGGGGAGGAAAAUGGAGGGAACACGCAAAAGCACAGGAGGAUGCCUGGCAAAGGAUACAGACCUUUUUCAGACAACAUUUGCAGGAUUCUAGCAUCAAGAGUUAUUUAUAGACUAGGGCUCUGUGUCUCUGUGUGUGAGAAACUGCUGGUUAUUGAUGUGAGAAUAGAGUAUAUCCUACUUGGGUGUCUUCCAACACUAAUUCUGUGUUCUGGUAGACAAAUAUUUGUCUUCCAGUUAUUUUUUCUCCAAAAUACUUAAUGACCAAGACUAGGUCCACUAAGGUUAUGAGUUUAAGACUGUAGUCUUAUAUAAGCAUGUUGGGAGUGAUCUGUUUAUAUAACACAUUUUUAUCCGACUCCUCCUCCCAGGGGCUCAGGGUGGUGGAAGUGGUUCUCUCUUACCCAUUUUAUCUUCAUGAUAACCCUGUGAGGUAGGCAAGGCUGAGAGAGACUGACUAGCAAGCUUCAUGGCAACAUGGGGCUUUGAACCUAAUGUUGUUAGCCGCCCUGAGCCCAUCUGUGGGGAGGGCGGGGUAUAAAUCAAAAUAAAUAAAUAAAUAAAUAAUAAACCUAGAUCUUUUAGAUCUAAGUUUAGCUCUCUAAUCACUAGACUGUACUAGCUGUCUCGUGUUACCUUGAGCUCUGUUGGUGCUAACUUCCAAGUAAAUGUGUAAUGUUAGGGACUGCCUCUCGCUCUGGUUGGCUACCUCCAACUAGGGUUGAUAAACUAGCCUGGAGAAAAAUGUCCUGUCCCUUAACUUGAGGCUUAGAGUAUGGAAAUGGAAAGGUGAAGCUUAUACUAGCUGAUGUUAUUUACCUCCAUGCAAUGAAAUGCUUCAUCUGCAGGAUGUCUUCCAACAGUUGGCAACGUUACCUCCCACAUAGUCACCCAUGCUGCUGCAUCUCGUCCCUAUGUUUUCUAAGCAGCUAGUUGUCUUAACUCUUUGUUAAGGACACCUUAUGUUUUCUAGGCAACUAGUUGCCUUAACUCUAUAGUUAAGGGCAGCUUUGGUCUUGCCAUUUUCUUUGUCAAACAGGAAAGUUGAGCCCAUCUGUGGGGAGGGCGGGGUAUAAAUCGAAUAAAAUAAAUAAAUAAUAAAUAAAUUAAGUUGUAACUAUAUCUUACAACUUAACUUCCAGUUUAGGUCUGCUAUAUUCUGUCUUUACCCAAAAGUAAAGUUGAAUAGCAAUAGCUGUUCAUAGACAUGUCCUCUCAGAUUUUACAUCACCACAUGCUUUUGAUAUGGUUGCCAACAGGCCUGGAGAAAAAAAAUAUCCCUUUAAUAGAGGCUAAAUUUAUGAAAACGGACAGGUGAAGUUUUUCAUAGCAUG